CUAUAUGACCUGUCGUGCUUCGAAGACGUUGGACGUGUUCUUCUCAGUCUGCUAAAUCAAGCUAUCCUUACAGAACUCUACCUAAAUCCACAAGUCUCUGCAGCGGCUCUUGCUUUUACCCAAGACAUGUUGAACAUGUCCGGAACGAGACUCGAGAAGGCAAGAAUCACUUUCAGUGCACCAGAGGAAGAUGCUGGUGGCAGUUUCCAGUCCUUGCCCUUACACCCUAUCAGCCUUGAAGCAAAUGUCAAUCUUCAAGAACUUGGACUGGGCAUCAACACUUCAGAAUUGAAUGACCUUGCACUGUUUGUCCGGAGUGUGCUGCAGCCUCGGCUCGAGACAAUAUCAUCAAAAUAUCUCAAAGACAUCUAUUUCAUCAUAGAAAGCAAUUCAAAAUGGGAAACAGAUGCCCUGCUUAAUGCAUUUGACCAAGAAGCCUGCUAUCAGACUGACGAGCUUUUGGCUGAGGGACAUUUCGCUAAGCUGCGAGGCGUAUCGAUAGCUUUCCGUUCAGACUCCACUGAGUUGGACGACUCACAGCGCGUUAACUUCUGCACAGAGAUCUGUGCUCGCUUUCCUAAACUGAACGGCAAGAACAUGUUGAGUAUUGAUUAUAACUUAUGCCGAUUUCCAAGUGAUGCUGAGAGGGCAUUGAAGGCCAAACAAUUGGCCAAUAAGCAACCUCGUCCAACCGAGCAAGGCGCCACAUAGGCAAUCACUGCCUUUGCACUCAUGCCAACUCGCCUUCACUUUCCUCUCCAGAUUAUCCAGGACGUGCGGCUCCCAUGACCAGCCCCUCUCCCAAAUGCUCGCCUAAGUCCCGUCCCAUCGAUAAAUCAUCCAGACUUCAGCGCGAGCAUCGUACUCUCAUCUAGCCUUGUCCGCUUUCGUCACGCCGUCACCGUGAUGCUGGAUAUGGCACGUCAUUGCCAUGGUC